AUGAAUACUGAAGUAUCAUAUCCAAUAAAGUCUGAAUUUACAUCAGGCGAUGAUUUUCCAACAAUAAUUGCAAAUGAUUCAUUAAAUCUUAUUGAUUCUCAACAAGUUCGACGAAAAACGAGCCGUAUCCAUAAUCAAAGAAGAAAUACUGGAAGAAUUAUAUGGAAUGAUGAAACAAAACAAGUUGAAAUUCGAGAUGAUUCUUCAAUUCGAAAAACAUCUAAUGAAGGAUCAAAUGAUAAAAAUAUUCAACAAGCAUUAAUGAAAAAUUCUCGUAGUAUUAUAUCUCGAUUUGAAAAUAAAACAAAAGAACCAAUAUGUUCACCAUCAAAAAUAAAUCAUUCACAAAAUCAAGAAUCAUCAAAGAAAACAUUAACAAUAACAAACUCUUUAUCAGCUAAUGGAAUUAAUUUAAAAAAAGAUAAUAAUGAUUUAACUAUGAACAAAUUAUAUGAAGAUACAAAAAAAAUCAUUGAUCAAUUAAAUGAAAAAGCUGAUCGAUUAGAAAAAGAUAUUAAUGAACGAGAUCAAAUCAUUGAAAAUCUCAAAACAUCUCAAUAUUUUGAAUCAUCAUAUGACAAACGAGAAAAACGAUUUUAUGAAAGAAAAAUAUCUGAAUUGGAAGAAGAAUUAAAAAAAAUCGAUUUAAUAAAAGCAGAUAAUAUACGUCUAAAAGAAGAAAAUGCGGCAUUGAUUCGUGUUAUUAGUAAACUUUCGAAAUGA